AUGAGCGAGCCGCAGUGGCUUCCCCAAGAAGGACCAGAAAGCCCCGGAGACGGUGAGGAGAACCUCCGAAGUGGAAGCACUUUGCGGGGCACGACUGGGCUCCUUUGUCUUUUUCUCUCCCCCUUCUCUUUUGCAGAUGUAUUUGUGCUUGAUGCACAUAAUGUGUCCCCAACAGUUACUUUCCUGCAAGAACUGCCUAGUUACCAGUCUAUGCUGAGGAGGAGAACUUCAGCUGGAACGCAUGACUACCACAGUUUAGCUCGGUCAACUUCUGAAGAGUUCAGAAGCCUUGUAGAAAGGAUUGGCUGUCGAGAGCCUGCAAAGCCACUGAGAGAAUAUGCAUUAAGUAUUGCAGAAAAAAGACGGCUGAGAGAUAUUCAGGAGCCAAAUAUAAAAUACCUGUCAGGAUGGGACCAGUGGAAACAGACAAGUAGGAAAUCGUGGAGAAAGUUUCUAGUGGAGACCAAAGGAUUGUUGUCUUACCUGAAACUCUGGAGACACGACAUUCACAGCAUUGAGGGGAAAUUUGGCACCGGAAUCCAGUCUUAUUUCUCUUUUCUGCGGUUCCUGGUGUUGCUGAAUUUUGUCAUCUUCCUCCUGAUGUUCAGCUUUGUCACACUUCCCAGCACUCUUUCUAAAUAUGGUGUCUUCAAUGGCAGCUACGUUAAACCUCUGGGGAGCACAGAGACGGAAUGCACAAAGUAUAUCGUUAGUGGGACCAAAGGACUAAUUUAUUUCUACACUUACAUUAUAGAUCUUCUUUCUGGCACGGGUUUCCUCGAAAUGACGAGUCUCUUUUAUGGCUAUUACGCAAUAGAUACUGUAUAUUUUGGCGUUAUAAGGUACAAGAUGCCUCUUGCGUAUUUGCUGACCACCCUGACUUACCUUUUGCUGAGCCUUUUCUGGAUUGUUAAAAGAUCCGUCGAAGGGUUUAAGCAAAGCUUGGUCCGUAACGAAGAUCAAUUUCAGAGCUAUUGCAACAAAAUAUUUGCUGGCUGGGACUUCUGUAUCACAGAUGUAAAUGCUGCACAGCUGAAGCACAUCAGUUUGCACUAUGAACUUAAAACAGAUUUGGAAGAAGAAAGGCUACGGCAGAGAGCGGCGGAAAGAACCACCCAAGAGAAAAUCCGUAUCUAUUGUUUGAGAAUAUUCUUAAAUCUCAUAGUCCUUGCUGUGUUGUCAGCCUGCUUUUAUGCAAUCUAUCGAGCCACUGUCUAUUCACAAGAAAAUAUUUCCUAUGACAAGAAAAGCAAAUUGGAGGACAAUCUCUGGGUACAGUACUUGCCUUCUGUAGUAAUCACAACAACCAACUUCAUUGCCCCACUGAUUUUUUCCGUUCUCAUCAAGCUUGAAGACUAUUCUCCAGCAUUUGAAAUCCGAUUGACACUGAUGAGGUGUGUCUUUGUGCGGUUGGCCAACAUUGGUGUUCUUUUGUUCUCCUUGUGGACUCGGAUCACUUUCUGUGCUGAUCAAAAGUGCGCAGCCUGUGGCUACAACUACAAGCUCUACCCCUGCUGGGAAUCUCGGGUCGGGCAGGAGAUGUAUAAACUGAUGAUCUUUGACUUCAUAAUCAUUUUUGCAGUUACGGUCUUUGUUGACUUCCCUAGAAAGCUGAUUGUUACCCACUGCUCCUUGAAGGCCUGCCGGUGGUGCGGACUGCAGGAGUUCGAUGUUUCCGACAACGUCUUGGAAAUUGUUUACGGGCAAACCAUCUGCUGGGUCGGCACUUUCUAUUGUCCGCUUCUCCCUGCGAUUGCAACGAUAAAAUAUUUUGUCAUCUUUUAUGUCAAAAAGAUAAGCCUGAUGCACACGUGUAAGCCUUCUGCACGACCUUUCAGAGCAUCGAGCUCCAACUUUUUCUUCCUGGUGGUGCUUUUGAUCGGUUUAAUCUUGGCUUUUAUUCCCCUUGGACUCAGCAUGACGCACAUUCAGUCUUCAAAAGCUUGUGGACCUUAUGUGUAUUUUACUCGUUCGUGGGACAUCAUCGCCCACACCAUCAAUGAGUUCCCAGACGUUUUGAGGAAGGUUUUGAACAGCAUGGCCUCGGAAGCAUUUGUGGUCCCUUUCUUCAUGGUUCUCUGCCUUAUUAUGUUCUAUUUCAUGGCCUUGGCCGGAGCUCACAAACGAGUUGUCAGUCAGCUCAGGGAACAGUUAGUUAUGGAGAGCCGGGACAAACUCUUCCUCAUCAGGAAGCUGACUGAAGCCCAGAGGCUUAGCUGAGGGGCCUGCAGAUGCCUGUUCGACUGAGUUACAUGCAGGACUUCUCACAUAGCAACACCACGACAGCUGGGGAUCUGCAGUGC